AUGAAAGGAUCUGAGUUUAGCCUGGAAAAGAAAAAAAGGGUUAAAAUACCAGCGAGGAGACUUCGUGAGGUAGUUUCUCCAAAUCAGGGAGAUUAUUCGGUUUUGCUCAAAGAUGAGUUGCCCUGUGUUCCUCCAGCGUUGUCUGCAAAUAAACGUCUUCCUGUUAGAACCGAGGCUAGCUUGAAUGGAACGUUAUGUGGUUCAUCAGACUUGACUUCUGCUAGAAAUUAUCUGCAUCCUCCACUAGAAAAUUCUACUGUGUCGGAAAGCGCUAGUAGUGGAAUCUUUAAAAUCCAGAAAAAGGUUUGCAGUGGUAAUGCAAAUGACAUCUUUAUUUCUCGGUACACCAUGGGACAGAAGGAUGCUCUGAGAGCAGUUUUAAAGCAAAAAACUCAAAACAUGCCUGUUUUUAAGGAAGUAAAGGUACAGCUUUUAGAAGAUGCAGGCACAGAAAAGGACGCUGUUACUCAGGAGACUAGAACGUCACCCAGUGGAAUUGAUUCAGCCACAACCGUGGCCGCAGCAACUGCGGCUGCCAUUGCAACAGCAGCUCCGCUGAUAAAAGUACAGAGUGAUUUGGAAGCAAAAGUCAAUUCUGUUACAGAAUUACUCAAUAAGUUACAGGAGACUGAUAAACAGUUACAGCGUGUUACAGAGCAACAAACAAGUAUUCAGAAUAAACACGAGAAAUUACAUUGUCAUGAUCAUGAAAAGCAAAUGAAUGUUUUUAUGGAACAGCACAUUAGGCAUCUUGAAAAAUUACAACAGCAACAAAUAGAUAUUCAGACUCAUUUCAUUAGUGCUGCGCUCAAGACCGGUAGUUUUCAGCCUGUUAGUAUGCCUCCUUCCAGAGUGAUGGAAAAGUAUUCUGUACAACCAGACUAUUCUGAUCUUGGUAGCAGUAAUCUGUCUUCACAUAACACAUUUGCUUCCAGACAAGCACCUUCUAGAGAGGUUGAAGAUAUGGGUUUUGAUAAACAGAAAUCUCCAUUGGAGACACCAGCACCUCGAAGGUUUGCUCCUAUACCGGUUUCAAAGGAUGAUAAGAUCUCAAAGAGGGGAAAUCCCAUGGAAGAAAAAGAAAAUAUGGAGACAGUAGGUCAUUCAGGAAAUGUAAGACUAUUGGAACAGAUUUUGAAUAACCAUGAUUCUUCGACAAGAAAAAGUGAAUCUUCAGAUAAAACCUUACUAAAUAGGUCAAAAACAGAAUGGAAUCCUGAGAGCAGAGACAGAUUUCCUUCCUGUGAAGAACUAGGAGCAGCUAAAUUGACUGUGCAGAGGUCUGAUGAUUUUCUUCAUGAUCCUGGCCAAAAGAGGAAAGAAACAAAUGGCAUAGUCCAGCCAAAAGAGUCUCUGAUUAUGUCAAGACUUGCUGAUCUUCCACAGAAUUCCAUUAAGCUUCAAACAACCAAUAACAGAUCUGUCUUGAAAGAUGCUGAGAAGAUUUUGAGAGGAGUACAAAACAAUAAAAAAGUCCUUGAAGAAAACCUGGAAGCUAUUAUUCGUGCAAAGGAUGGAGCUGCCAUGUAUUCAUUUAUCAAUGCUCUAUCUACUAACAGAGAGAUGUUAGAGAAGAUCCGUAUCAGAAAGACAGUAGAUGAGUGGAUUAAGACUAUUUCUGCAGAAAUUCAGGAUGAGCUGUCAAGAAAAGAUUAUGAACAAAAGAGAUUUGAUCAGAAGAAUCAAAGGACCAAGAAAGUUCAGAAUAUGAGUAAAGAUGUUAAAACUAACAUACAAGACAAAACGGCAAACAAUUCUAUAAUUCAAAGAAAACAUUCUCAGAAACAAAAAGAGGAGCAUUUUAGAAAUCCACUCAUGAGGAACAUUCCUGCUUCAAACUUACAGAAAGAGAGAAAAGAAGGAUUUUUAAAAGCAACCACAGUGAUACAAGAUGAGGAUUAUAUGUUACAAAUUUAUGGAAAACCAAUUUAUCAGGGCCAUCGCAGCACUCUUAAAAAAGGACCGUAUCUCCGAUUUAAUUCUCCAUCUCCUAAGUCCAAACCCCAGAGACCAAAAGUAAUAGAACAAGUUAAAGGCACUAAAGUAAAGUCAAUAAGAACACAAACUGACUUUUAUGCAAUGAAACCUGUGAAAAUGGAUUCUAAAUCGCAACACUCCAUUCCUAUGAUGCUGCCUCCUGGUGAUCAGCAUUACUUGUUCAGCCCAAGCAGAGAAAUGCCUACUCUUUCAGGUACACUGGAAGGUCACCUAAUUCCUAUGGCUAUUCUUUUAGGACAAACCCAAAGUAAUAGUGAUUCCAUGCCACCCACUGGAGUAAUUGUAAACAAGCCACACCCUGUAACAGUGACUACUUCUAUUCCUCCAUCAUCUCGAAAAACGGAAACUGGAGUAAAGAAACCUAACAUUGCAGUUAUAGAAAUGAAGUCAGAAAAGAAGGAUCCUCCUCAGCUUACCGUACAGGUGUUACCCAAUGUGGAUAUUGAUAGCAUUUCGAAUGGUAGUGCUGAUGUCGACUCAUCCCUGACUAGUCCCAAAGAAGCAUGUCCUCCUCUGAAAACCUGGGUACAGAAUUCAGAAUUUAUGAAGGUAGAUGAAGAAGAGGUGAAGUUUCCAGGAACAAACUUUGAUGAAGUAAUUGAUAUCAUACAGGAAGAGGAAAAACCCGAUGAAAUUCCAGAAUACUCUGAACCAAUUCUGGAGUUUAACAGAAGUGUUAAAGUUGUUUCUACAAAAUAUAAUGGUCCUCCUUUUCCGCCAGUUGUUUCUACUGUUCAGCCCACUACUGAUAUUCUGGAUAAAGUAAUUCAGAGAAAAGAAACAUUGGAAAAUAGCUUAAUUCAGUGGGUAGAACAAGAAAUAAUGUCAAGAAUUAUCUCUGGGCUCUUUCCAAUCCAACAACAGUCCAUAGCUAAUGUCAGUGCUUCAGUCAGUGAGGCAAGUGAACCAUUGACUUCUGACAUAGUGGAAGGAACAAGCAAUGAUGCCCUCCAGCUUUUUGUUGAUGCUGGGGUUCCUGUGAAUUCAGACAUGAUUAGCCAUUUUGUGAACGAAGCUCUUGCUGAGACCAUUGCUGUCAUGCUGGGUGAUAGAGAAGCAAAAAAGCAAGGGCCUGCUGCCCCAAGUGUUUCUGGAGAUGUUUCAACAAGCAACACAUACUUGCCGGCAAGAGUGUGUACCCCAGUGCCUACCCCACAACCAACUCCUCCUCGUUCACCUUCAUCACCUCCUAAGGAGAGUGUGUUGGUAAAAACUCCAGAUUCUUCUCCCUAUGAUUCAGAUCAUGAUUUAGCUAUUCCUGUGAAAGAAAUAUUUGCUGAAAAAGGAAAUGAUAUGUCUGCCAUCACACUUGUUAAUACUCCAACAGUUACUCCUGCUACUACACCUCCUCCUGCAGCAGCUCUUACCCCAACUUUGUCAGAGAUUUCCAUUGAGAAAUUGAAGAUCUCAGGCCCAGGGCGUCCUAAACCAUGGAGUGAUGGAGACCUGCCCCUGGAAGAAGAGAAUCCUAACUCUCUUCAAGAAGAACUUCACCCAAGAGCUAUUGUAAUGUCUGUGGCCAAGGAUGAAGAACCUGAGAGUGUGGAUUUCCCUGCUCAGCCUGCACCUCCAGAACCUCCAGUUCCUUUUAUGCCACUUUCUGCUGCCACCAAUGUCCCUUCCCUCAUACAGAUGCCAGCUUCUGAUUCAUCAACAACUGAGAGCAGCUUGAGUAUUACUGUCACUGAAACUGAGACUUUAGAUAGACCCCUCUCUGAAGGAGAGAUUUUACUUAACUGUGGUCAAAAAAUGGCUCCCAAGAUUUUAGGAGAUGGACGACUGUGUCUGACAAACCUAAACGAUAGCUUAUCCAGUACUCUGCAUGAUGCCCUUGAAAUGGAAGACGAUCCUCCCAGCGAAGGACAAGUGAUUAGGAUGCCCCAUAAAAAGACUCCUACAGAUGGAAUUCUUUCUCUUCUUGCCAAAAUGACCCAGGAGUCAUUAGUUUCUCAGCAAGCAGUCUACCCUUCAGAGGACUUGGAAUACAGUGCAGGUGAACUUAGUGAAGGACAAAGGCCCAGGCUGACAGCAGCAGCAGAGAACAUCCUACUGGGACAUUCCAUCCCUGUGCAGCCACCUGCCACUAAUGCAGAGUCAUUGGAUCAAAACUGUGCUCCUAACCCAUUAUCUCAGCAGUUUGACACAGUUACAGGUGGUGUUUAUGAAGAUUCAUGUGCUAGUCAUGGUCCAAUGAGUUUGGGAGAAUUGGAGUUGCAGCCAAAUUCUAACCUUGCUCUUCCCGCAACACUUUUGACAGUGCAAGAAAAUGAUGUUCAGUUAUCAGGAGCAGUUGAAGAUAAUCAUCAGUACCAACAAAAGCAUGACCAAGAUGCGAAACAAGUUGAGCACAAGCCUGCACAAAGUCGUUUAAUACGUGUAAGAAGUAAAUCUGAUAUUUCACUUUCACAGCAGCAAGCUUCAUCAGGUGAUACGGAUCGGACACAAAUGGAGCCCAAUCUGUACCUCGCAUCUGUAUUUACAGGUGGUAAAACAGUCCCACUUUUCACUUCACAGACGUCACCUGCCAAGAUGUCUGUGACGCUGCCCGCGGUGAAGCCGGAGGACUGCUCUCAGUCUCUGAGCGUUAGCAACAUCCAGGGGGACACGGAGUCCUCAGGAGCAGAUACCUUCUGA